AUGCCCAUACAGCCAGUCUCUGUGAACACAACAUUUGUACGUCCAUCCACAUUUUAUAUUAAUGGAUUUUCCAAUGUCCCACAUGCAAAGUAUUAUUAUAUAUUUCUCUGCCUUGUCUACACCACAACGGUCCUUGGGAACUCCUUUAUAAUGUGUACUAUAUGCCUGGCCCGUACUCUUCACACAGCGAAGUACAUUGCCGUGUUUAACUUGGCUGUGACUGACUUGGGCGGAAGUACUGCUCUGAUUCCGAGGCUUGUGGACACAUUUUUGUUUGAACACCAGUACAUAUCAUAUGAAGCUUGCUUGGCCAACAUGUUUUUUGUUUUCUUUUUCAUGACUCUGCAGUCUCUCACUCUGCUUGCUUUGGCUUAUGACAGAGCGGUUGCAAUUUGUUUUCCUCUCAGAUACCAUGCAAUUGUCACUAAAACAACUAUGGCUUUGAUCACUGGAUGUAUCUGGAUGUUUUCAACAGUUCUAAUUGCUUCCACUGUAGCACUGAUUACCAGACUCUCUUUUUGUCGAUCUACUGUUGUUAACAGCUAUUUUUGUGACCAUGGACCAAUUUAUGCACUGGCCUGUAAUGACACAUCGUUGAAUGACAUCAUGGCCUAUGUCUGUUUUGCUGUAAUCAUUUGCAUUCCAUUGAUGUUAAUAGGUAUUUCAUAUGCUUGCAUAGCUUUUGCAUUACUGAGAAUUGCACAGGGAACUGAGCGUAUCAAAGCCAUGAAAACCUGUACAUCCCAUUUGAUAUUAGUGGCCAUGUUCUACCUGCCAGUUUUAUUCAUAAACAUAGCAGCUGUGGUGUCAAGACUAGACCCUAAUGUCAGGAUAAUCAAUUACUCUCUCACACAAACAAUACCAUCCAUGCUGAAUCCUAUUAUAUACACAGUUAAGACAGAGGAGGUCAGGCAGUCUAUUAGAGGACUCUACAAAAGAGCCAUGGUAAAUAAAACAGUAGACAAAAAUAUGAAGAAUUCCAGAUUGGCAAAACAGAAACUUGAGGUUUCUCAACGAAAAAUGAAACGAUUGUAUGACCGUAGCGCUGAACAACGACAGUUUAGUCCUGGUGAUCAAGUCCUGGCCUUGUUACCUGUUUGCGAGUUUGUAAAAGCUACCGUGACCUAUUUGGGCAAAGUAGUGGGUAAAGGCGAGGUACGACCGAUGCAUGCAAAAGUUCUGGCUAUAAAGAAGUUCCCGCCUCCCGCCACCAAGAAGGAGCUGAUGCGUUUUCUUGGAAUGUGCGCCUUUGACAAUGUGAAAGCACUUCUUUGUUCUGCGCCGGUAUUGGCCGCUCCGCGGUUGGAGGAGCCGUUUUGUCUCCAGGUGGAUGCUAGCCACAUAGGGGCAGGUGCUGUGUUGUUGCAGACCGAUGACCUGGGCGUGGAGCGUCCUUCUCUUAAUUUGCUUCCUGAGGUACCGAGGUUGCUGAGUUGGGGGGUUAGCACGGCCAGUGGAGAAAAUGCAGUUGGGUGUCAGAGUGGGAGGGCCGUCCUGGUUGAUAUUGGGCACCUGGGUGCUCUGAUCUCCAGGUUGACAGGCUCUUUCAAGAGAUGGCUGCUGGAAAAAGGUGUGUCUGAAACAGAGGUGGCUACGUGCAGCCGAAAAAGUGGGCAGUACGUCUCGGAGAAAAUCAUGGACAUCAACAAAUCGCUGAAAAAGUCGUAA